GAUUACUUUGAAUUCGGUGAAAACCAAGAGCAGCGCGGUUUCUGUUGAUGGGGUGUGAUUCUUUCUGUUUAAUUUUCUAUAAAAUUCUAAUACAUAACUCUUCACUCAUAGAAUUGUUAUCUUUAUCGUUAUUUUUGCUGAAUCUUCAAGAAUGAUUAGUACUACUUAACCAACGAAGCAGGUACGUAAUAGAACCUUGUGUUUAGAACCAUUAGAACAUGCAAUAAAUUGCUCAAGUUGGAGGUACAGCGACUUGAUCAUUCUGAUCAUAUAAACACUCAUAGGCACACCGCUUUCAUUACUCAAGACUUGGAUGGUACAUUUUUUCUCCUUGAUUUGGAUUAGGCUCUUUACGUAAAAUAAAAGUAAAAAAGAAGUUUUCUUAACGGUCCAUCAAGGAUUUGAAACACCUGUCCAAAUGGAUAAAAAGUUGUUUGACGAAGUCAUAUCCAACCUGCGGGCAUGUCUUUUGUCAGCAAAGGGGGGUGUGUCCUUUGCAGCACUAAAUAGUGACUACAGACAAUUAUUAGGAGAAAACAUUCCAUAUCAAAAGCUUGGCUACACUUCACUUGAGGAGCUUUUGAAUGAUAUUCCUGGGCUUAUCAUCACUAGGAAGGGCGAUGGCUGGAAUGUGUCAGCAAAGCCUACACAAGAUACCAUUCACCUCACCACUAUGAUCCAGAGACAAAAAUCUGCAUCAACCCGGAAACGUUCACGUAGAAGAGGUGAUGCAUACAGAAGAAUGGGAAGGUCAGGGAGACCGCCGGUAGCUCACAAACCAGCCCAGCAAACUAUGCACCUUAGAAACCAACAACAGUCAACCCCUGUUGUUAAACGAAACUUAAAAUCUCACAAUAUCACUCCGCUGAUGUCAAUUCCAACACCGUUUUCCACGCCAAUUAAACAACCAGCAGAGUUAAAGAUUUCUAAGGAACAACCUUUUCAGCAGCUCAAACCCUACAAGACACUUAGUGAAAGAUUGAUGUACAAACCAACAAUAAAUCCACCUGAGCCAGAGGCAGUAACACCUACUUCGCUUUCUGCAACCAAACUCCUUCCUGGCAUACAAUUCGCUUCCAGCUCGACUCCAUUGCGGACAUCAGUAAAACCUGCAGCAACGGGUCAAUCUCCUGGUUCAGAUAAUCACGGUCCUUGUAGAGAGCUGCAACUUUUGACCAAGUCCAUGAAAUUACCAGAUCCGGUUUACAGAAUUGUCCCGUGGCUGCACAAACAACAAAAACAGUCUUUCUACAGUUGUCGAGUCCAGAUUGGUACUCACAGUUAUACAAGUUAUCCAGAAGAAAGCACAACACCAGAACAGGCAAAGACAGUAGUCGCAUCAAAAGCUUUCCUGGAGCUUGCCGCGAACGGCCGUCCUUCAGAGACUAUGAAUAGGAAUCUGAUCAAAGAACGGGUAUUGCAGAUCAUAGCUCGGCACGAUAGCGGUAUCUUCCAGCAUCAGUUACCGAUUUACUACAAAAAUCAGUACAACGAAAACCUUCCAAAGAAUUGGGAAAAACAUAUAGAAAUGUAUUCCGAAAUAUCCCAGAAGAGUGAUGAAAAUUUCACUAUACUCAAUUAUGUUCCCGGGAAUGAGGUCGGCGUCUCUGAUAAGGUAUCUGCCAACCUUAUCUCAAGAAUCGAUAAGAUGCAGCUAAACUCCAUCAGAGAUUCUGUUCCUGGAGUCACACAACCACCAGAUGAAGAAUAUUGGGACGUCUGCAUCACAACUGUAAUUAGCACCACUGAAAUAUGGGCCAGAUUGAUCAGUGAUGAGUACAGCGUGAAAUUCCAGAAUAUGACGAAGGACUUGGAAACCUACUACAAUAUUACAGCAAAUAAACUUGCAACUUCGAACGUCAAGGUGGGAAAUUAUUAUGCCGUUUGUGAUGAAGAUUCGUGGCAGAGAGUAAAAUGCAUCGAUUUUAAAGUAACAACUGGAACGGCAGUAGUGUUUUUCAUCGAUUAUGGCGAUGAAACUUCUGUACACUAUAGCACACUCUAUCCUCUGGAACAAAAAUUCUGUACAGUCCCUGCACAGGCAGUUAAGUUGCGCCUUGCUGAGUUUGAAGAAUUCAGUGACUGUGAUGAGGUGAAUACCUACUUGGAAGAACUGCUAAUGGAUCAGAUGCUUGUUGCCCAAGUGCUGAGCUGCAAAUCUGUCGCAGACAAAGUCAUGGCAAGCGUUAUACUUUAUGACACGAAAUCGAACACUGAUGUGAAUCUGAAUGAAAUUCUGUUCAGCAAAAUGGAACACGGUAUUCUCCAACCAAAAUUGAUCCGGGAACGUCGAGUAUCUGAAGUCUUUGUAACCCAUGUUAUGGAUGAUGGAACAGUAUUCUUGAAUGCCUCUUCUCACAGUAGGCGGUAUCUCCGUAAUAUCAUGGAUUCUAUAGUACGUUUUGGCCUAACAGCAGAGAACAUAGAAAAGAGUCAAGCGAAAGAAGUUGAAUAUGGAAAGAUCUACUUUGUUCAGUCUACAGAGGAUGGCAAUUGGUAUAGAGGUAUUGUCACCCAUGUACUGGCUGACAGCAAAGUGAAAGUCUUCGCUAUUGAUGUAGGAAAAAGCAUUACUGUUGAAAGAAUUAGUCAUCUUCUUGUACUUGACCAACUCUCAAAAAUUCUGGCCAAAUAUCCGCAUCAAGCAGUGAGUGUACGCCUACACGGCAUACAACAAUCGGCAUGUAAUCGGGAUAUAGUAGCAAGACUAAGAAUGCUUGCUCCUCCGAACGAGUUGGUGCUUGCUAAAAUCAUUAGAGCAGACUCUGAAUCAUCACGUCCGUCUGUCGAGUUGUUCAAACGUCUUGAACCAAACAAUAUCCUGAUAUCGAUCAACAAUACUUUGGCUAUAGAUCCAGAGCUUGAAAGAUCUGAGAACGUUAGUAAAAAUGACGUUCAACCAGAGCAGAAUUUGGAAAAGACAGUGUCAAGACAAGGGCUAACAAACGAUGGGGAGAAUUGCGUUAAGUACCCGAAGCUACUAGUUAUUCCAAAUCGUGGUAGCUACUUUGACGUUCACAUUAGCUCGGCUCGUAGUCCGGAUAGUUUUAUCAUUCAGCCCUACCAAGAUCAGGCUAAACUUGAGACAAUGAUGUUAAAACUGCAUGAAGUUUACACUAAUUACAGUGGACCCUACCCGCCAUAUGACUCAAUCAGAAAGGGAAAUUUAUAUGCUGUUAAGCAUGAUGGGUGGUUCUAUAGAGCUUGCAUUGAUAAAGUAAUGACUGAUGAGAUGGUCUCAGUAUACUUUUGCGACUUUGGCAACUUCAUCAUCAUCAAUUUUGAUCAACUUCAGCCGCUCGAUAGACAAUUUCUUGAUUUACCGUACCAAGCAAUGAAGGCAAGGCUCUCAGGUGUGCAACCGAUCAAGAAAAACUGGUCUGAUGAAGAUCGCCUGCGAUUCCAGCAACUUGUAGUCAACAAAGACUUUGUUUCCAUUGUUAUAGACUCUCGUCUAGACCCCCUACACGCUGAUCACUCCGUUCUGAGCUUGCAAUUGAUUGACGUAAGCGGUGCGACGGACGUCCAUGUCGACAAAGUUUUAAUGAUAGAAGGACGUGCGAUUGCUGUUGAGCAAUGUUAAGAAUAUUUAACGCGUAAAACUGAGCUUCAACAAUGAACAUCUCGUCCUUGUUUUAUUUAUCGUACGCAUUAGUCAGACAUUGAUGGAUGAGACUGAUACAUAUAUUCUGUGCUUUUUUCCAAUCAUUCCAUAUGUUUUUGUUCCUACCUUGUUUCUUCUUUUGGUAUUGUCUCCUUCGAAGGGCAGGAAGUUAGAAUUAGGAAACUGCUACCCUGUUACCAAUAUAAUCAUCAUCGAUCAAAAGAACUGGAUAAUGUUAAUCUAGAAUAAGCCUUACUUACUUUUAUUGAAUUUAUUUUUGUACUUAUUGUUACCAUAAGUAAUAUGAGAAGAGUUAUUGCUUUUUGAAAAUAAUUUUUAUAAAAAAUAUGUAUACUGUUGACAAAAUAUAAUUAUUGUUAUGAGAA